CAAUAUAAAGUUCUGUACUGCAAGGUUUGGACACAGAUCCUACUCGCAAUCCAUUGACGGAAGAAAUAAUUUGGAAAUCUUAAGAUGAAACUAGGACUAACGUUUUUGGUGUUUGGCGCAGCUUGCCUGAUGGUGACUGCUCAAGAAAAGGCUACCACCAAUGCGCCCUUACCUCAACCGGCUACUGAACAAAAUGUACCAGUAGAAACAAAGCCAUCACCACCUCCAAGUGCUAAGUCAAGCGACGUACCAGUAGAAACGAAACCAUCACCACCACCAAGUGCUAAGCCAAGCGCAGCUACCCCACAAAAGCCUACCCCACCGAAGCCUACCCCACCAAAGGCGCCUGCUAAAUCAACUUUUAAACCAACAACUAAACCGAAGCCAACCCCACCAAAGGCGCCUGCUAAACCAACUUUUAAACCAACAACUAAACCAAAGCCCACCCCACCAAAGACUAACCGACCCAAGCCUACCCCAGCGAAGCCUACCCCAUCAAAGGCGCCUGCUAAACCAACUUUUAAACCAACAACUAAACCAGCACCCAAACCAACACCAACUCAGCCAGCGACUAAUCAAACUGUAAAUCCAGUGGAAGAAGGUUUCGAUGACGUGGAUCUCGAUGUCGAAUUGACGGAGAAUGAAAAAGGUGACUUGAAAGAUUUCUGCGGCGUAGCUCUGGGUGGGAGCACGAUUAAUAUGACCGAUUUGGAGGAGGCCUUGGGCAAAGCCGGCCAAGUAUGCGACAAAAUUAUUGCCACCGUCGAGGAAAGCUCUAUAACAAGCGGCGAUGUCGAGCAACUUCUACUUGAACGUACGAAAAGAUCAUUCCCAUUCGCUCUGAUGCCGUUCAUCACCGACAGUAAGGCAUUGAUUACAUUAGCCUUGGGGGAAUUUGUCAAGGGCUGCGCUGCUAAGGCAGGGGUGAAAAUCGAUGACCAGAUCUUAAAGAUCGCUCUGCCCGAAGUCAUGGGCUUCAUUGGAUACGCGUGCAGUAAAAUGCAGUAGGUCUUUACAGGACUUCCGCUUACCCGACAGGAUCAGAACAAGGACCCGCCCCGGCAAAAAUCUAAAUAACAAUUUCUGUCUCUUCUACUUCGAACGUUGCUAUCCUUUCGAGUUCAAGUUAAUGUGUUAUAUUGACUGGGAAAAAACAACGUAUGACGCCUUUAAAAGGGUUGAAUUAA